AUGUCACAAAGUCCGUAUCAUAUUAGUUCACCUUUAUCUUCCCCUGAUGGCACUUCACUUAGUUCUGGUCUUGAGGAUGAAGCAGGACAACAAAGCUUAGAACGUAAAUUACGUAAAGAAUUAAGAAGAAGAAAACGUGAACUCGAAAAAGAGGCUGAAGCAAGACGAAAAGAACGUAGUGUUACUUUAAAAAAAAUAGAAGAAGGUGAAGAAAAAGAAGAAGUACAUUUUCAAGAAUGGGCGAAAAAAAUUAAACAAUUGCAAGAAGAGGGUGAUAUAGAAAGACAAAGAGUUGAACGAGAAUUGGAAGAGGACAUCAUAAAAACUAGGAAAGCAAGAGAAGAAAGACGUCGAAGCAGUUCAGUGUUGACAACAACAACAAAUGAUCCAUUAAAAUCAUUGAAAAGAAAUUCAAUGGAUCCAUCAUUUGGAUCAUUAACCCCAAAGUCACUCGGUUCCCCUCCCGUAAAUUCUAAAAUAGAUUCAUUUGUAAUAACAAAAAUUUCGGAAGAACAAACUGCCAACAUUAAAAUAGAUAACGUAGAGACUAUCUCUAAUUCUUCAUUGACUUCUGAACCUCUACCGAUUAACGCGAAAAUUGAUAUCAAUAAUAACAAAGGUACCAAACAUCUAUCAGUAAUUGAACCAAGAAAAAAUACCAUUGAAGCUGUAGAAUCUUUAAUUAAAGAAGAUAAUGAUUCUAAAGAGGGUGAUGGAAUUACGUCAAGAUUAAUUAAAAGAUUUUCAAAUUCAAAUAAUUUAAAUCCUACCUCUCCAAGUCCAUCACCUCCAUCGAAACAACAACAACGUGGAAGUGUAGCUGCAAUUAUUCAACAACACAAAUUAAAAGAACACAAAACCGAGUUAGACAAAUCUCCGACUUCUCCUAUACCUAAGAAAAAGGUGUUAGAAAAUUGGGGUGGUGGGCAAUCGUUUGAUAAUUCUAACAAGGACACUGAUGUGACUAAAAGCAUAGGAUUUAAAAUUAGUCCAGUUAGUAAAAAAUCUGAUGAUGAAUAUGGAAAUAAAUCUUUUACACAACAUAAAAACAUUAGCGAUAAUGAAAUUAAUAAUUCUGUAACAACUUCUGAUUCUGAGAACAAAGACAUUAAAGACAUUAAUGAAAAAAAAAUUAAUUUGAAAACUAAUUCAUUUAGCAGUAAAACAGCAAAUGAAAAUAGUAAUGAAAUUAAUAAUAAUAAAAUUAGUAACAGAAUUAAUGUUAAAAUUGAAAAUAAAGAAGCGGAAACGCCCAAUAUCUCAAAAGAUUCUCAACAAAAG